CAUUUCCUUUUACGUACAUGAGUAAAUAAGCAUGCUCAUCGAUAUCAUACAUGAUGUGAAGCUACCUGGGCAUUAGUGUUGAGUUGAAAACUGUGCGUCACAUAAUAGAGACGCGCACACGCCCAUCGCCACCAUAUCAACUGGAAUCGCCUUUUUCUUGAGAGGUCUCUGUUCUUCUUUGUCUGUUCUUUCUUUCUUUCUUUCUUCCCUCUCUUGCCUCAUCAAACUAAUCCAACCUGAUACAGCUUGUUGGAAUCGAAAAGUGAAAACCCAUCAUCAACAAUCAUGGCUUUCUUGGUGUAUUUACUGCUUCUCUCAAUCUCAGCCUUGAUUGGCCAGUCAAGUGCUCUUUAUUGUGUAUGCAAAGAUGGUGUGGGUGAUCAAGUGCUUCAGAAAAAUAUAGAUUAUGCUUGUGGAGCUGGAGCUGACUGUACUCCAAUUCUUCAAAAUGGAGCUUGUUAUAACCCUAACACUGUGAAAGAUCACUGUAACUGGGCUGUUAAUAGCUAUUUUCAGAAAAGUGGUCAAACUCAGGGAAGCUGUGAUUUUGCAGGCACGGCCACAACAAGUGCUAACCCACCAUCUACUUCAUCUUCUUGUGUUUAUCCCUCAAGCAACACAGGCACCCCAACAACUGGUACACCAGGAACAUCUCCUUCCACCAUCUCACCACCAACCGGCACCGGAACAGGAACCGGUAUUGGAACCGGCACUGGCACCGGCACCGGCAAUGGGAGUCCUGUGUUUGGAAUUAGCCCAUCAGCAUCUACAUCACCAUUCAACGAUGGUAGCAAUGGGGGAAAGAUUCUUGUGGAAGGCACUAAACUACUGAUUCCUCUUGUUUUUACCUUGUGGUUAUCUUUUCUCAGAUUCUAAAAGGUACAGUGCUUGCUGUUAUUGUACGCUAGGAUUGAUGUUGUUGGUGUUGUUGUUAUUAUUUUAUUUUAUUAUUAGAAGGAAAAUACUGGUGGGGUUUGAUUUGUGGAUGAGAUUUUGCCACUGCAGAGGAUGGGUAGUCAUGUAAAUUUAUUUUCUGAUUUGAGAGAGAAUCAUCCAGAAACAAUACCUCAAUUGGGUUAAGCUAGAAUUUGUUUGGUUUAUUAUUGUUAUUAUUAUUUUUUAUUUUUCUUA